AUGAUAGAGAGACUGUUCUUACUGCUUCAAGAUCCUGACUAUCGAGUUAGGUUUUCACUGGCUCAGCGAAUUGGUGUUUUAUUCCAAACUUGGGAUGGACAUGGCGAGCUCUUCCAGGAUAUUUGUUCAAACUUUGGUGUUGCAAUGGUCAUUCCCUUAAAAGGGAAAGUUGUUACUGCAAAGGAGGUCCUAGCCUCUGGUCCUCAGCCCACGCCAAAAAUGGAAACUAUCAUUCAGUUGCAGAUAGAUUAUGCACCUUUCGCAUCAUUAUUGGAGAAAGUCAACCACAAGAUACGGCAACUUUUUGUGCCAGAUGCUGAACCUAGUUAUUUCAUGCAAUACUGUUGCCACUGGCUUCUUCCAGCGUUGGUUCUGAAUGAAGAUAGCUCCAAUCUGAACUGGGUGGCUAGGAGAUCUGGUUGGGAAAGGGGAGCUAUGGUGCUUCAGAGUUCAAUUCUGUGUUUGGCAGAGCUAUCUGAGAGUGAAAGAGACAAUCUCAUAAAGAAGCACAUGGUGCGCUCCUUUUACUUGGAAUACAAAGCUCUUAGUCUAGUAUCUAUUGUGAGCCAUGUUCUCAGCCUUGCCUCUUGUGCGCUGGAUCCUGCAAUCCCUUUCUUUUCCAGGGAAACUGUGUCACAUGCAAUUCGAACAGUUGUGGAUGGAUUUUUGGCAAUGGAGGAUUAUCCUACAAAUGUUGCUGUGCUUGACAAGAUUAACAUUUUUCGCCCAGAUAGAGUUUUCAUGUUUCUAGUGGAAAUGCAUUACAAAAUAGAAGCAGCAGUUCAUCAUAGGCAUAGAUGCCAUAGGUUGGCUAGCAUUGAGGUGCUUGUAGAUAUCAUUGGGCCCAGAGCUGCUGUUUCAAGCACUUCCAAUUACCUUUUCAAUUUGGUUGGACAAUUCAUUGGUUGCGAUGCUUUACAAGAUCAAUGCUGUCGGGUUGUUUCUGCUUUGCUCAACACAUUCAAAUGCAACCCGUCCAAAGACAUUGCCAGUGUACUUGGUGAACAGCUUCAGUUUUUGGUCUCGAAGUUGGUGGCAUGCUGCAUUCCAUCUGAAACUUCUGGGGAAAUUUCUGGCACUAGAGCAUAUGAAGUCUUAUCUUUGCUCCGCCAGCUGACUGUGGGUUCUGAUCCGUCUCUUCAUGAUUAUGUUAGAGAACUGGAGCCCUUCCCUGAAAUAGAUAUCUUUGAUGAUAUACGAGAGUUUCAUCAGCAGUUAUGCCAAACUUACUCUCUGAGGGUCCACUUAUUGAAGUUCGUCAAGAGAUCUUUCUACCUUCCACCAAGAUUACUUUUACAGAGGUAA